AUGGACUGCGUCGUCAUCGAGAUCUUCGAGGUCUACAGCCAGAUAUGCACGGGCAUUGCCCGCUUCCUCGUCGCCGUUCUCGGCUCGGCUCCGACGACGCCGCGUCCACGGCCGGGAGAGACGCUGGCGGCGGCGAGGGCGGCGGAGGGAGUGCAGGGGAUGCGGGUGCUGAGGAAGGCCGCGGAGCAGAGCGCGCAGCUGUCGUCCUACUUCGAGCUGUGCCGGGGCCUGGGCGUGCUCAACGCCGCCGAGUUUCCGGCCGUGGAGCGCGUCCCGGACGAUGACAUCAGGGACCUCGAGAAGAUCAUCAUGAGCCACCACGUCGUUGAAGAAAGCGGCAAGGAGGAGGAGAAAGAAACGAAGGCGUUGGUGGUCGCCGUGGAGGAAACCCGACCGGCGUCGAAGACAGUGGUGACAAAGGAGUGGGUGGUGUUCGACGACGACGACAAUGCCGCCGCCGGCGCCAUGGCGGGGCAUUUCGGUGGUUACAUGAAUCCGUUCGUGGCCGCACCGUGGGACGCCGUAGCGGGUAGAAGAGACUUGUUGCUUUAG